AUGGCGCAGACCAUAGACGACAAGAAAGAGACGGUGACGUUCCGGGCGAUGAGCCACGACGAAGCAGGGAUGAAACGCGUGGAGAAGGUGGAAGUCGCCACUCACAACAUCGACACCCUGAAGCACGUACAGAAGAAACUCAUCGACAAAGGAAUCCAACGGCAGGACCGCCACCCGAUAGACGGGCUUCCGCGGGGACGGCAGCCGAAGUCCGGCCACGGAGGGAAGUACACGUGGGAGGGGCCGGCGGACGAUGCGGCGAAUGAGCUGGAGGAGGCGCCGGCGGCAAUCGACGAGAAGGACCCGAACUACGUGGAUGAGGAGGCGGAGGGGAGGAUACUGAGAGGGGAGGUAAGCGGGGUGGCGGGGCUGGUGGUGGGGGAGAUUGAUGUGGCGAAACUGGCGGAGGAAGGAGUGACGAGGGUUGACGUUGAUCCAAAGCUGCAGGCCAAUGUCUAG